AUGUCCGAGCGCCAAUCUAUGCCCGCAAGUCGUGUCCAGUCCGUAAUAGGCCGCGGCCAAUUCCUUCCCCUACGCCUCUCCCGCUCCACCCUCUUCACAGACCUCGAGAUCACGCGGAUACUCCACGAAGGCAACCUCCUACAACCCCCACCUCGAUGUCGCUCCCAUUCCUUAGCUGCGGCUGUAGAGACUCCAAGUGCGGGAGUGAGUAUGGUCAGGAACGUCUAUGAUACCCGGAUCCUUGUGCCGCCGGGGGCGAGUGUCAUGUAUUUCCACCCCGGGAUGAAUGAAUAUCUAGUCUUCAACCCCGCUACCGUCGAUCGAACAGAGAAUAUAACGACUACAAGGGGGGACCGGAGGGAUAUGAACGUCCUAGAGAAAGGGAUGGAAAUUAUGGCUAGUAUUUGGCGGAGGAUGCGAGAGUUCGGGAAGAGACUGGGGCAUCAGGAUGAGAUUGCUAUCGUGGAAAUGCAGAAUAAUGAUAGUUUUACCACGGUAGCGGUGUCUAUCACAUCGACGUCUUUGAAUCCAUUGAAGUUUGCGUUCACAAAGUUUUUUAAUCGGUGGUUUCCAGAAAGUUGGUGGGGAUCGAGAACGGAUAGCAUGUUGCUGCGGUUUUCGAUGAUUGUGUUGGCGAAAUCGUGA